GCGCUAACGUGGGGCUUGGCAUCGGGCUCCAAAACUGCGCAUGUCGAAUUUUAUAUUCUCCAGCUGUUCGAUUGCACUCGCUCAUCCAGCGCACUCAUACACCGUCUUUUCUCCUGCAACAACCCUGCCAUACAGUCAAUAUGUCGUUCGGAAAGCUUUACGGCUACAAGGAAAAUGCCCGUUCCACUGUUCUCCAAGUCGUUGCUAAGGAGAACAACCUGGACAUCGAGCUCGUUGAGACUCGCCCUCCCGUUACCGACGCCGAAUACUUGAAGCACAACAAGCUGGGCCGCAUCCCAACCUUUGUUGGCUCCAAUGGCUUCGUCCUGACCGAGACCAUCGCGAUCGCAAUCUACUUCGCCUCCCAGAAUGAGAAGACGACGCUGCUCGGCAAGACCAAGCAAGACUACGCCUCUAUCGUAAAGUGGAUGUCAUUCUCCAACAGCGAACUCCUUCCUACCCUCGGCACCUGGUUCCAGCCUCUCAUCGGCGCCAAGCCUUACAACAAGAAGGUUGUCGAUGACGCCAAAGACGCAUCUCACAAGAUUCUGUCAGUCCUCGAGCAGCACUUCCUCGUUAACACCUUCCUCGUUGGUGAGCGCUUGACCCUGGCCGACUUGUUCGUCUCCUCGCAGAUCGCACGUGGCUUCCAAUACGUUCUUGACAAGGAAUGGCGGUCCGAGAACCCCAACGUCACUCGGUGGUACGAAACCAUUGUGAACCAGCCACUGUGGAAGGCCAUCGUCGAGAGCCCAAUCCUCGUCGAAGAGGCAAUCAAGUACACCCCACCAAAGAAGGAGCCAAAGCCUGCUAAGGCCGCAACUCCUGCCGCCCCCAAGGCGGAGAAGAAGCCAGCUAAAGAGGAGGAAGAUGAGGAGGAGGAGGCCAAGCCAGAGGUCAAGGCCAAGCACCCUCUCGAGUCGCUUUCCAAGCCCACCCUCAUCCUCGAUGAUUGGAAGCGAAAGUACUCCAACGAAGAGACCCGUGAGGUUGCUCUUCCUUGGUUCUGGGAGCACUACAAGCCCGAGGAGUAUUCACUGUGGAAGGUGGACUACAAGUACAACGAUGAGUUGACUAUGGUCUUCAUGACCUCCAACCUGAUUGGUGGUUUCUUUGCUCGUCUCGAAGCAUCUCGCAAGUAUCUUUUCGGAGCUGCCUCAGUCUACGGCGUCGCCAACGACUCCGUUAUCCAGGGUGCCUUCUUGGUCCGAGGUGACGAGGCCCUUCCCGCCUUCGAUGUCGCUCCCGACUGGGAAAGCUACGAAUUCACUAAGCUGGACCCCAGCAAGCCCGAGGACAAGGCUUUCGUUGAGGACCAGUGGUCGUGGGACAAGCCAAUCGAGGUCAACGGCAAGAAAUAUGACUGGGCUGAUGGCAAGGUCUUCAAGUAGAUGACAAGACUCGACGAAUUGUUUCGCAUUGUUGAGAUGCUGUGAUGAUUGACGGAUGCGCAUGGGCAUGCAUAUGAUAUGACGGGUGAGAUGUCCUGAGGACCAUUGAGCAGAAAAGUGCAGACUUCACGUUGGUUGGCGUCUCCCGAUUGAGACCACUGCCAGCAAUGCAAAUGGUAGAUGUCUACGCCUGCAUGUACUUUACCUCCAUAGAACAAGCGAAGGCAAUGAAGCAUGUGCUUACGAUUCCA